GGAAGCGAAUUACCUCAAGGUCCUAAUCCGCCAUUAUUCUUUGAAAAACUCUGGAGUUUGCUUCCUGGAGUGCUGUAUGACACAACUCCGUUUCGAAUGAAAUAUGGCGACGUAUUGGUAGAGCCAAAAUUGAUAUACACUAAGCUCACUGAUAAGGUCAAUGCCACGUUUGUUAGUGCACAUCCUCGAAAUAAUAUGAGACUAGAAGGGACGUUUUUAACCGUUGAUAAACGGUCGGCGGCCACGGGAGAAUGGGAAACUCUUUUUACUGAUGCAGAUUGGGAGACGAAAUUUUUCUGGCACCGAGACAGCAAACUAGACUCUUUACUCGGCAGAAGCUAUGCCACGAUUGAAUGGUCUGUUUCAGAUAUAAAUGGCAACUGUAACUGGGGUACCUACCGCAUUCGCCACUUCGGAACAUCCAAGAGUUUAUUUACCAAUCCGAAAUUCAAGAAUUUUUCAGGGUCCACAAGGGAUUUCCAAGUAACCUGUGGAAGAAAUUGA